AUGUCUAAGGUUUUCUUUGAUGUCGAAGCUGAUGGUCAAGCUCUUGGCCGUAUUACUUUCCAAUUAUACAACGACGUAGUCCCAAAGACUGCCGAAAAUUUCAGAGCCUUAUGUACAGGUGAAAAGGGUUUCGGUUACGCCGGUUCUCCAUUCCACAGAGUCAUCCCAGACUUCAUGUUACAAGGUGGUGAUUUCACUGCUGGUAACGGUACCGGUGGUAAGUCUAUCUACGGUGGUAAAUUCCCAGAUGAAAACUUCCAAAAGAAGCACGAAAGACCAGGUUUAUUAUCCAUGGCUAACGCCGGUCCAAACACCAACGGUUCUCAAUUCUUCAUCACCACUGUCCCAUGUCCAUGGUUAGACGGUAAGCAUGUCGUCUUCGGUGAAGUUGUCGACGGUUACGAUGUUGUCAAGAAGGUCGAAUCCUUAGGUUCUGGUUCCGGUGCCACCAGAGCAAGAAUCGUCGUUGCCAAGUCUGGUGAAUUAUAA